AUGGCGGGGGAAGGCCUAUCCGUCUCUACGCCUACCGCAGUCCAUAACCCAUCAUCCUCUGGGCCCGAUGCUAGCCAGAAUGCACCAGUCGAUGCGCCUAAUGCCCCUCCUUCACCCACGGAAUCUGGCCCAGCUGUCGAAUCUCUUUUGUCCCCUAAGCGUACCUCCACCCAGCUUAGCUCUACCCUGGAGCCGGGUAAUCUUUCUGAGCCAACUGGAUAUAGUCCAACUGCCACCGCUGGCGAUCCUUCCGGCGAUGAUGUCAACUGUGACCCAGGAUACACAGACAACGACAAUCUGUGCGAAACAUGUCACUACCUAGUGGAACCUGACCUAGAGCUUGAAGGCUGGGAGGUAGAGGUAAAGCAGUUUUCACCAUCAAACUACCGGUGCAAAUUUACCUCCAAAGAUACUACGAAUAUGACUUGGUCUGGCAAUGUAAAGAACAGCCUAUUCAACGACAAAUGUCCUCUUUGCCGCGAGCUGCUUUACGGUUUCAAGUAUGAGAUAAACUCUCAAUAUUUUACGGGGGUUGAUAUCAGUCCCAUAAAAUCUCUGAAGUAUAUCAACGGAGGGAAUUACUUCGUGGUUUUGCUGCUUGUGCUCGAUAAGCGUAAGGAUGUGACUUUGCAUCACACGAGUGUCAACCUUUACCCGGAGCGCCAUAAUGUAUUUGUUACAUCCGACGGUCAGUGCGUCGACUAUUGUCCAUCAAAGCAGGUCACUGUGAAUCCGUACCCUUUUGGAUCAAACACAGGAUCAGACCUUAGCUGGCAAAUUGCGAGUAGCUGGAUGGCCAAAUGUCUAUCAAGCCAUCGAAAAUGUAAUCAAUCGCAUUCUGUCGCCCCACCACUCCCUACAAGAGUUAUUGACGUUGGGUCUGUGGGUGAGCCUUGUCCACCGCGUCUACAUGUGGUGACCGAAAACACAUCGGGACGGUAUGCAACCUUGAGUCAUCGUUGGGCAUCUCAAGGAAUGCUGAAACUGGAGGUCAACAACUUUGAAAAAUUCCAACAAGAAAUCCCCUGGACAAGCCUACCAAAGACUUAUCAAGACGCUAUAGAGGCAACACGACGCCUGGGAAUCCAGUACAUCUGGAUAGACUCUCUUUGUAUCAUCCAGGACUCCGCGGAUGGGAAGGAUUGGAUUGCCGAGUCUGCAAAGAUGACGAGCGUGUAUGAGAACUCCCACAUCAACUUCGCCGCGGCCGAUGCCGUGGAUUCCACACAAGGUUGCUUUUUCGACCGAGACCCUUCCUCCAUCCGUCCACUUCGUCUUCGUAUCGCCGUGGAACACAAAUCAGAAUACUACUACGCGGCAACAUCUCACCGGUUUGCAUACAACGUCGCGCCGGCCCCUUUGUACCGAAGAGGAUGGGUUUAUCAGGAGCGAACACUGGCUCCUCGCAUCAUCCACUGCUGCGCCAAACAGUUGUACUGGGAGUGUCUCGAGAGUAUCGCCACUUCUCUGGUACAGGAAUUGGUAUGA